CCUGCCACAAUUACAAAUACUAAUAUAAUAGUAUUACUCAAGAACUGAAGAAAAAAGCCUUAUCCAUUUGUUCUUACUGUAAAAAAACCAUGUAAAAAGUGAAAGAAUCCAAUGUUGGUUUUUGGAAUUCCCGAUUCAAUUGUUUCUAUUUUCACGAAGUACCCAGAUUUACAGAAACAUCCAAUAAAGUGCCUAGCCAUUUGAAUUUUGUGAAACAAAACCAAGGCCAAGGAGGAAAAUGAGAGUGAACUGGAUUUCAUUCUCUACGAACAAACAUCAUCACAUAAUAGUAAAGCUUGCGGUUGUUGUUCUCUUAUUGGGUCUUGCUUUUAGGCUCUUCGUCGCUCAUUAUAAAGGAUUUGCAUCUGAUUUAGAAUCGCCUGUGUCAGAGAAAGUGCAAGUUCGAGCUCCGUACGUGGAACCUCCUGUCCUUGUUGGAAUAUCUGAAAAUGAGGAUCACAUACAUCUUGAUGUUAUUACAGAAAAGUGUGAUCUCUUUAAAGGGGAUUGGAUUCCCAAUCCCUCGGGCCCGUCAUACACAAAUGAGAGCUGCCCUUGGAUAGAAAACCAUCAGAAUUGUAUGAAGAAUGGCCGCCCUGAUUUUGGAUAUCUAUACUGGAAAUGGAAACCACAUGAUUGUCAAUUACCUCGUUUUAAUGCAGAGAGAUUUCUGGAGUUGAUGAGAAAUAAAGCAUGGGCCUUGAUUGGUGACUCCAUAUCUCGCAACCACGCACAGUCAUUGCUGUGUAUGCUCUCAACAGUUGAACAACCUGUUCAAAUUCACCAGGAUGUGGAUUCCAAAUCAAAGAGAUGGCAUUUCCAAUCAUACAAUUUAACAAUAUCAAAUAUUUGGUCUCCUUUUCUUGUAAAGGCUGCUACUUUUGAAGAUAUUAACGGUGUUUCUACUGCUGAAGUUCAACUGCAUCUGGACAAACUUGAUAAGAAAUGGCUAGAUAUUUACCCGAGCUUAGAUUACAUGAUAAUCUCUACCGGAAAAUGGUUUCUCAAGGCUGCAGUCUAUCAUGAGAAUGAUGUCAUUGUUGGUUGCCAUCUAUGUCCAGGAAAAAACCUGAUAGAAUUAGGAUUUGAAUAUGCUUACAAAAAAACCCUCCACCAUGUCAUGGACUUCAUUAAAACAUCAAAGCAUAAGGGGUUGAUCUUUUUUAGGACGUCCACGCCAGAUCACUUUAAGAAUGGGGAAUGGCAUAAUGGUGGGACUUGUCCUAAGACAAUACCAGCUAAAGAAGGAGAGGUUAAAAUAAAGGACUUGAAUAGAAUUCUACGAAAUAUUGAAUUAGAAGAGUUUGAGAAGGCAUCCGCAAAAGUAGCCAAUAAUGAAUUGAAUCUCAAGCUUCUCGACUUCACAAAUCUCUUAUUAUCGAGGCCAGAUGGACAUCCAGGUCCAUAUCGACAGUUCCAACCGUAUUCAAAGAACAAAACAGCAGUCGUUCAGAACGAUUGUUUACAUUGGUGUAUACCUGGACCAAUAGACUUCUGGAAUGAUGUGAUUAUGGAGAUAGUGGCUAAUGGUUAAUCAAAAGAGUUUUUCGCCUAGUUCAUUUCGGAUGUUGGUUUGUGUCGGAAAUUUUCAGGGUUGCGAGACUGAGGUGAGUCUUCUUUUGGCUCCUAGAUGAGCAUCAUAUUUUAUCGUACGAAUUCCAUUCUUUCAUCUGUUUCCCUCUGCCGGUCCAGUCAUCUUUCUCUGGACUUCACAGGGAUUAUUAUAUAACUAUACUUUGUUUGUAAUUCAUGCACUAGCCAUGGUAACUUCUAUUCUUAUAUUCAAUGAUUGAAUAAGAAGGUUGUUGUAUACAUAA